AUGUCUAUCUCUAGUCUUAAAACUAUGGCGACGGGAGAGUCGACCUGCAAACACGACGAGUGCAUGACUGCUGUCGAAUGGAAGGGUACUCGCACUAUCAAAGUCAAUGAGCACAGGCCAAAGUCAAAGCUUGCGGACCCAACGGAUGCGAUUGUCCGUAUUAUUUAUACCACGAUAUGUGGUUCGGAUCUCCAUUUAUACCAUAACGAGAUUCCUGGAAUGCAAGAUGGCGAUAUAGUUGGACAUGAAGGUGUGGGCGUUGUCGAAGAGGUUGGAGCUAAAGUGACUAAAGUACAGCCUGGGGAUAAAGUUGUCAUCUCAGCAGUUAUUGCUUGUGGAGCGUGCGACUAUUGUAAGGAACGCAUGUACAGUUGCUGUGACACUACCAAUCCAAGAGACAGAAUUGCCGCUCUGUUCGGCUAUUCUCACAUCACUGGAGGAUACGAUGGAACUCAGGCUGAAUAUGUUAGAGUCCCGUAUGCCGAUACCAACCUUUUGCAUAUUUCUCAGGAUACCUUUUCGAAGCUCCAGGAGAAGCUUUUGUUAUUGUCUGACGUCGCUUGUACGGGAUGGCAUGCUUGCGAAUUGAGCGAAGUAGGACACGGCGAUGUUGUGGGUAUAUGGGGAUGCGGUCCUAUUGGGCUCAUGGCUGCUUCAUGGGCCAAGAAUCGUGGAGCGUCGCGUAUCAUUGCGAUCGAUGACAUUCCUAGUCGCCUCAAAUUGGCACGAGAUAUUGGAGCAGAAACUAUCAAUUUUAAGGAAAUUAAAAAUACAGUGGGCAAAAUACGUGAAUUGGUUCCAAAAGGCCUUGACGUCGGUAUUGAUGCGGUCGGAUUCAGAUAUGCUUCGAAGAGUAUGAGGCACAAAGUGGAAAAGAUGUUGUAUGCGGAGACUGACAGCGUUGAUGUUGUGGACGAAGUUGUCAAAUCUGUUAAGAAAGGCGGAAGGAUUGCCCUCAUUGGCGACUAUAUUGGAGUGGCUAAUCACUUCCCAAUUGGCGCCCUCAUGGAAAAGUCACUGACCCUUCGCGGUGGCCAACUUCAUCCUCAAAAAUACUGGCCAAUUUUACUUCCCAAACUUUUGAGCGGCGAAGCCUUUGUUGAUUUUUUCACUCAUCGCAUGCCGCUGACCGACGCGCCGAGGGCAUAUAAAGUUUUUGAUGCCAAGGAAGACGACGUAGUGAAGAUCGUUUUAACCACAAAGGCAACAGAUGAUCUUGGUUCCUCUAGUGUUGAAAGCCGUCCCAUCGAAGCAACCGUCAUAACAGAAACGAUUGUGUAA